AUGGGACAUCUCGACAGCGAAAGUGCGUUAUGCAGUCGACCGCGGCCAUCGUCAUUUCUAGGACGCUAUCGCGCCAGUCUGUUGACGGUUUUUAUUGGUGAGUAUAAGACAGUCGGCUUCACCACCUCCACGGAGCUCGUGUAUUGCGAGUGCGGGCACGCUCCGACGGCCUCUGCUCUCUCAGUAUCGGUGCUGCUUCGAGACGCGUCACCUCGUCGUCCGCCGACUUGA